AAUCAUUUUACAAAACAAAACGAAAAAGAAUGAUAGGACGUUGAAAGCGAUGCAAGUGUGUAGCAGCGAAACAUUUCAUUGCAGGUCACAAAAAAACGAAUCGAUCGACAUUCGCGCCCCUUUUCCCUUCUCUCUCAUCUCUCAAAACUCAAACCUCGAUCCACAAUUCAAUUGCACAACUAUAACUAUAAAUUCAAAUCCCUAAAUCCUUACUUAUCCCUAAUAAUCCACAAUCAAUGGCAUUACGCAGACGAACUUUGCUCAAAGUCAUUGUUCUUGGAGACAGUGGGGUUGGAAAAACUUCAUUGAUGAAUCAAUAUGUGCACAAGAAGUUUAGUCAGCAAUAUAAAGCUACAAUCGGUGCUGAUUUUGUCACCAAAGAACUGCAGAUUGAUGACAGACUUGUUACUCUACAAAUAUGGGACACUGCAGGGCAAGAGAGAUUUCAAAGUCUUGGUGUUGCAUUUUAUAGAGGGGCAGAUUGCUGUGUUCUAGUCUAUGAUGUUAAUGUAAUGAAGUCAUUUGAUACACUUGAGAACUGGCACGAGGAGUUUCUCAAACAGGCAAACCCUUCAGAUCCAAGGACUUUUCCAUUUAUUUUGCUUGGAAACAAAAUUGAUAUUGAUGGCGGGAAUAGUCGAGUGGUUUCUGAAAAGAAAGCAAAGGACUGGUGUGCUUCAAAAGGGAAUAUUCCUUACUUUGAGACAUCAGCAAAAGAAGACUACAAUGUUGAUGCCGCAUUCCUAUGUAUUGCCAAGACUGCUUUAGCCAAUGAGCGUGACCAGGACAUAUAUUUUCAACCUAUUCCAGAGGCUGCUGCUCCAGAGAAUGAGCAGAGGGGUGGAUGUGCAUGUUGAUAUGAACUUUUCAAUGAUUGCGCGAAUUUGUCUCUAAAUUUGUUGAAACAAAUUCUUCUUCAUAUUCUUUUUUAGUCUCAUUAGGUCCCUCUUUUUGUACACUCCACAUGAGAUGCUUGAGUAAUUUGUGUUUUGCCCCUGUAGUUCUGUUUAUUUGUGGUUCGGCUUUAGAAUGUUGCACUCAUAGGAAAACAAAUGUUAAAUUGGUUUUGUUGUAAGGCAAAUAUUUUAAUUUCUUAAAUUUACAUCAGGAUACUGUUCUAUUGGA